AUGGCGGCCUCGCCGACGGGGGUAGCGUGCCCCGUCUACCCGUGGCCGAGCGACGCGGCGCAGCGCGGGGCCAAGGUGUUCAUGCAGAGCGACUGCGCGGCGUGCCACUCCGCGCUCCCCUACGCCGGCCUCCGGGGCGCGGCGGUGCCGGGACAGGACGCGGGAGCCAGGACGGCCGAGAUCCUCGUCGCCGAGGAGGCGCGGCCGGCCGGGGUGACGACGACGCCGCUCCAUGGCGGCGCCGCCGCGCAGACGCCGGACCUCGCCACCGUCGCCACAAGAAUCCAGGGCGGGCUGCGGUGCAAUCUGUACUCCACCGGGACGGCGGCGCCCGUCAGGGCGAUGCUCGCCGGCGGCGCCGCGGCGUGCCAGGAGCUGAAGAAGAGCCCCGUCUGGCUGCAGUUUGCCCAGGCUUUCCAGGCUGCAGAGAGCUAA